CAGUUGUUCUUAAUGACACCAAUUUACAAGUUUUACGGUUCAUAAAACUUUGAGUCGAUUUUCAACCGAUUUUAUAAUAAAAAAUGGCGGUUGGUUAUAUGGUACACUAUGGAAUAGUUUACUCUGUUGGAGUGUUUCUUAUAAUCCUUGCCGCUUUGCAUUACAAUUUGAGUAACCAAGGAACCAGAUUUGACAUAGGAUGGUUUAUUGGUGAAAUCUCACCAUUUGUUUGGGCCUGCCUUGGAAUUGCUUUUUCAAUCAGUUUAUCUGUUGUUGGUGCUGCUAUUGGAAUUUUUACAACUGGCUCAAGUAUUAUUGGAGGUGGUGUAAAAGCGCCAAGAAUUAAAACAAAGAAUCUUGUCAGCAUAAUUUUCUGUGAAGCUGUGGCUAUUUAUGGAAUCAUUUUGGCUAUUGUCCUCUCAAGUAAUAUACAGAAUUUUGAUGAGGCAGGAAUGUUAGAUAACAGUAAUGUAAGAUCUGUUAAGAUCAAUCAUUCAGCAGGAAUUAUGCUGUUUGGAGCAGGUCUAACAGUAGGGUUUUCAAACCUAUUUUGUGGUAUCUGUGUAGGAAUAGUUGGCAGUGGUGCAGCACUUGCUGAUGCACAAAACGGUUCUUUAUUUGUUAAGGUGUUAGUAGUUGAAAUUUUCGGAAGUGCUAUUGGUCUUUUUGGAGUUAUUGUUGGCAUCCUUCAGAGCACCCAAGCGAAAAUGGGAGACAAAGUUUAAAAGCUGUGAAGCUGACUUGCGUUUGCACUUUCAAAUACUGGAAAAACUAUUUUUUUGAAUUUUUAUAAUAACUUUGCGCCCUGUUUUUA